CUGGCGUGUUUUCGGCAGCAUGAGUGCAGCAUGUGAGAAGUAAUUAGACUGAUAUCACCUAGAUCUUCUUUUUCUCUGCUUUUAAUGCAGCAAUCAUCUCCUCAUUACAAUGCACCAAAGACAUCUGCCAGCCUCUCCAAACUGGUACUGUUCGCGCUGCAGUGACAUAAACAACAACGGAGUGCUAGGUUUUGGAGCAAAAAAUGCUAUCUACCUGCUCAAAGUGACUGCUGCAGCUCCAGCAGUUAUAGGUGAACUCAUUGGACACACUGAAAGAGUUUCUGGUUUUGCAUUUUGUCCGCAUGAUGGACAAGAACACAUUUGUGCCAGCACUUCAGAUGAUAAAACAGUAAAAAUCUGGGAUACUGAGCAGAAAGUUCUGUUGACCGAGCACAAUGUGCACCAAAGCAAUAUCUCUGCAGUCCACUGGUCUCCGCUGCAGAAACAACUGGUCAUCACAGGAGAUGAGAAAGGUAUUGUGGUGUGUUAUUGGUGCAGCAGUAAUGACACCCAGAGCUUUUUCCCUGAACCCCGAACAAUCUUCUGCUUAUCCUGCUCUCCACAUGAGGAAAACUUCAUUGCUGUGGGGUAUAAGGAUGGAAUGAUUGUAGUGAUAGACAUCAGUAAGAAAGGAGAAGUGAUCCAUCGGCUGAGAGGUCAUGAUGAUGAGAUUCAUGCUCUGGCCUGGUGUCCUCGACCCAGAGAGGAACCUCUGUACGGACGGUCAGAAGACGGCACUGAUGGAAGCAACAUGGUGACAGAUGGAGCAGAGGUGGGGUGUUACCUGGCCUCAGGUAGUCGAGAUCAGACUGUGCGGAUAUGGAGCACGGCCAGAGGCAAAGGUGUGAUGACCCUAAAACUUCCCUUCCUGAAGAGGCGAGGAGCUGGAGUUGACCCAACGGUGAAGGAAAGACUCUGGCUCACUGUCCACUGGCCAAAAGGGAGACCUUCACAGGUUGUGUCCAGCUGUUUCGGUGGUGAGAUUGUAAUGUGGGACCUCAUGAAGUCCGGCAAGCAGAAGUGGAAUUUGCUUGGCAGCUCAUCAGAUGGACAGAAUCACAGCCGCAUCAUCUUCAAUAUGAGCUCGUUUUGCUCAGGAGACAGAGAACUUCUGCUCAGCACCUCCAUGGACCGAGAGAUUAAGUGUUGGGAUCUGGCUUCUCUGGAGUGCUGCUGGACGCUGCCCACUCUGGGUGGGUUUGUAUACUGUCUCAGUUUCUCUCCUGUUGCCACUGGGUGUCUGGCUCUAGGGGUCGGAGACAGCAUGAUCCGGGUGUGGAACACCCUGUCUAUCCAGAACCAAUAUGACAUCCGGACCUUUUGGCAAGGCAUCAAGUCUAAAGUCACAGCCUUGGCAUGGCAUCCACUUAAAGAGGGUUCGCUGGCAUUUGGCACAGAUGAUGGCAAAGUGGGCAUCUAUGAGGUUUACUCUAACAGACCUCCUCAAAACUCAAGCACCUACCACCGCCGUACUGUCUACUCUCUCUCAUGGGGUCCUCCUGUCCCUCCCAUGUCUUUUGGGGCAUCAGGAGACAAGCCGUCCUACACUUUGUACAGUUGUGGUGGGGAGGGCAUAAUUUUUCAGCACGACCCCUGGAAACUCUCAGGAGAGGCCACUAAUAUUGACAAACUCAUCCAUGACACCAACAACAUAAAACACAAAAUGGCUCCACACACAGACCUCAGCUGGAAGCCGGACGGCAAAGUUUUGGCUAUCGGGAAUGAAGAUGGGACCAUAGAUGUGUUCAAGGCUCCCAUGUUGAAACUACUGUGUACAGCUCAGCAGCAUCAUAAGAUCAUUAAUUCAUUACGCUGGCACCAUGAGCACUCGUCUCAAAAUGAGCUGCAGUACUUACUGGCGUCCGGCUCCAGUAAUGCCACAGUCUAUGUCCAUGACUUCAGGAGCGCCAUAGAGAGCCCAUCAGAGAUUCCAGUGUUAGUGACUGAACCAUUCAGGACUCUCUCUGGUCACACCAACAAAAUCACCGGUGUAACCUGGAGCCCCCAUCACGAUGGCCGUCUGGUGACUGUGUGUUAUGAUGGUACUGCUCAGGUGUGGGAUGUGCUGAAAGAGGAGCCGGUGUGUAACUACAGGGGUCACUCGGGUCGUCUGCUGUGUGUGCUGUGGUCACCGGUCCACCCUGACCUGGUGUGGACUGGUGGAGAUGACUUCACCCUCCAGGAGUGGGCCGUGUCCAAACAGGAACAUGUUACACCUCCAAAGAGCAAGAAGCGUUCUGAGAUUGAGAAAAAGAGAGCACCACAGAAAAAGUCCAAGAAGAAAAAGAAAGCACCUGGAAAAGGGGAGCUAAAGGUGGAGGAUAAUGAAUCGCCUUUAGGAGAAGAGAACAAAGGAGCAGCAGGUAGCAGAGCAGAAGAGGGCCAAUCAGACGAGGAAGAAGAGGAGAGACAGAGCACGGACGUUCUGUCCAUCACAGGAUUGGCCAGCCAGAGCAGUGUGGACUCAUGGGCAGCAGAGAGGGAGCAGAACGGGGAAAAGCCCAUCCAUGCAGUUAAAAGAGAGAUCAAAGAGGAGAAGAGAAGAGAAAAAUCAGAUCUAUCUCUGAAAAAGAGAAAGCCACGCUCCAUUCUCCCGCUCAGUACAUCUAUGGAUCACCGACCAAAAGAGGAGCUUCAUGAGGACUGUCUUGCACUGGCUGCUGUGAGACACAACCAUGAGAAGGCCGGUGUGUGUGUUCCAGGAUCCAGAGAUCACAUUCAGCUCGGCAUGUUCACAGACAGGGACGCCCUCUACAGGAUGUUUCAGGAGGAAGAGGAGAGUCACGUGGAGGCAGGUCAUUAUGACUCAAUGGUGUAUCUGAGGCUGUGGAAAGGAGAUCUGGUUGGAGCAUUAAACCUUGCUGCAGAAAAGGGAGAAAUCACAGACCAUCUCCUCAGUUUAGCACCAAUGGCGGGCUACCAUGUGUGGGCAAGGGCAGUGGAGGCAUAUGUCAAGCAGCUUUGCCUCCACGAGCAGUUCCUCAAAGCUGCCUCUCAUCUCGUCUCCAUCCAUAAACUGUACGAGGCCAUCAACCUUCUGAAGAGUCACCAGUUCUACCGGGAAGCCAUAGCUUUAGCCAAAGCCAGACUUCAGCCCGAGGACCCUGUUCUGAGAGAUCUGUACAUGAGCUGGGCUGCCAUCCUGGAGAAGGAUGGCCAUUAUACUACAGCUGCUAAAUGUUACCUGGCUGCAGACUCCAGCUUUGAUGCAGCUAAAGUCAUUGCCAAGAAAGGGGAUGUCAUAUCGUUAAGGACGGCUGCUAAUCUGGCGUGGAUAUCUGGAGAGAGUGAGCUGGCUCAUUCCCUCUCUCUGAGAUGUGCCAAGGACUUGAUGUUUUCCCAGGACUGGCUCAUGGCACAGGAGGUCCUGAGGACUCAAGACACACUUUUGGGUCACAGACUGGUGUUCUGUGUGAAUGAAGUUCUCACUCAGAGACUCACAGAUACAGAUGUGGUCACCUGGAGUCUUGCCUCAUCACACACCUGGUCUAAGCCAUGUGAGGAGAACUUCCUCUCCACAGUACACAGAGUGUGGCAGAGAGAGUUUGGCGUGACAGCUGCUGACCUGGUGAAAGUGAAGAUGCAACAUCAACUGCUGGGAGCCAUUGAGAAUCCUCCUGCCACCGCAAAUGUUCCCAUGAAGCAUCUCCUGUCUCACAUCUCAUUGGACGUAACACUAUGUGCAUUGAGUCAGCUAUUAUGUGAUUGGCCAUCUGCAGUAGAAGAACUACUGCGAGCUCUGACUCGAGGUUCUGAGACGGGUCACUUCACAUUAAUGGCUGAGAUGAGCCGUUUGCUUCUACCACAAGGUUUGGACUCUGUGGCACUCUACAAACAGAAGCUAGACCCAACUGAUGAGAAAAGCUUGGUGAUUUCUCAAAACGUGGAAGCUUUUGUCUGUUAUCAACUAAUGUAUAAGAGAUGGUGGAGUUUCAGUGCAAAAUCAUCCACUUUGUCUUAUAACACCAUGAGCAAUGGUCACCAUUUGCCAGCGAAGAACCAGAAUGAAGAUUCAAACCGCAAUGGAGAAGCUCAAUCUGAAUCUUUCUCCGAGGGCUUCUGGAAGGUUCUUCUCUCUGAACCUCACGCCAGCCUUCAGGCCAAGCAGAGAGCCAUAGCAGAGAUCCAGAGUAAAGUGACAAGUCUUGUUCAGAAACACAGUCAAUCUGAAGACUCUCAUCUGAGCCCAGACACAAAGACACAAGCACCUUGUUCUGAAUCUGAAGAUCCAAAGGAACCUGGAGAAUCUAAAAGUGGUGAAAGUGGGUGUCUUUCUACCCUGAUUGCUCAGGUUGCUGAACACCACAAAGAGUUUUCCGCUAUUCCUGACUACAUCAAAAAAUUUCCAUUUCCAGAUGUCAUGGAGUGUUGUAUUGUCUGUCUGUACAUGGAUUUGCACUUUACUUUGGUUCCACAGCACAUCUGCUCAGAAGCCACAACUUUGUUGCACAAAUAUGGAACUUCAGCAUCGCUCUGUAAAGCCUGGAAUAGACUGACGCACUAAAACAGCGCUUAUAGUUUUUGAUAUGCAAUUUUGUUUGAUAUGUAAAAUUCAACUGACUGAUGAUCAACUGUAUGUCUGUGCUUAAUAAAAUGUCCCCCACAAAUGAGCACUAAAGCAAUGCAUCCUAUAAUUUUAUUUAAUAAAUGUUAUUUUUAAAGAUUGCAUUUUCUUUUAACAAUCAAUGGACCAAUUAAUCUAAAACCAAAAAAAAAGCUUCAUAGACAAUAUGAAAUUGUAUUUAUAAUUAAAGACUUUUUAUAUAUAUAUACACUGUAUAAAGUUUUCUGCUCUUGGCUGACAGAAGUGGAACCCGACGUGGUCUUCUGCUGUUGUAGCCCAUUCACCUCAAGGUUCGACAAGUUGUGCAUUCUAAGAUGUUAUUCUGCUCACUACAAUUGCACAAAGGGGUUAUCGGAGUUGCCAUAGCCUUUGUCAGCUCGAACCAGUCUGGUCAUUCUCUGUUGACAUCUCUCAAGGUGUUUCCGUCCACAGAACUGCUGCUCACUGGAUGUUUUUUGUUUUGGCACCAUUCUGAAUUAAUUCUAGAGACUUGUGUGAAAAUCCCAGGAAAUCAGCAGUUACAGAAACACUCAAAAUCAGCCCGUCUGGCACAAACAAUCAUGUCACAGUCCAGAUAAAAUUUUUGCUCCCCAUUCUGAUGGUUGAU